CCCCCCCCCCCCCGCCACUCUCACAGCACUAACCCGUUCACGUUGUGCGGGAAGAGGCUCAGUAGCUGAAAGAGUGAAUCUCUCUGCAGGAUCCCCACCUCCCCUGCUCCCUCAUGGUCUCAAAGCAAAGCGCCCCGGUGCUGCUCUUGACCUGUGGGCGGGAAGGGGCUCUGAGGGGCAGGUGAGGGGUUUUUUCCUUCCGUGUGGAAAAGUUUGGGGGAAACAAAGAGCUGGGGGUGAAAUUAAAUAGUUGGGGGCAAACUAAACACCUGCUUGAACUGUAUUUAUUUGAAGGGGAUCCUCAAACAGCUUCCAUCACUGAACCCCACUGAUAGUCUGGAGACAGCCUGAGCCGCAUAGAGGAGGUGGGGCAGAGCUUUGCUCAGCCCUCCCAACAAGUGUAUGUUGAGGGUUGGAGUGGGAGGAAUCUUAUUUGCAGUUUGUGUUGUUGGUCUGUUUGACACCUGCUUUUCUUCAUAUUUGGUAUUAAUAUGGAUUAUGUGGCUAUCUGCAGUUAUAGUAGGGUACAACUUUUUCUCUGUACUCCCAACUGCUAACUGAGAGGGGAUUGGAGAACAUAUAUUUGUGCAAGACAAAGAAGGCAAGAUCGACUUGUACAUUUCUUUGAAGUUUCCGAUAUCAAGAAAGGCAGGUCACCGGACUUGUUGGGCCACUGAUCUGAUCAAGUAGGGUAAUCUCUAUAUGCAAAUUCACCUAUAUAUCUAUUAAAAUGUUCAACCGUAGAUCAGCGUCUAAGACUUAGAAUGCAAGUUUUCAGACUGCCAUCACUUUUCAUAAAACAGAAGACACAAAGGAGAUGAAGAAGAAUUUUCAGCAUUGAUCUCCUUGCUUUGAUGUUGGACUUCAGCACUCAGGAAACUCCAGCUGCGUGUAGCAAUAGCCAGAGACAUACCUCCCAGGAGUAGAGAGAGACUGGAAUGAAUUCUCAAAGAUCAUCACAAGUCUCAACACCUUCCAUUCCUAAUGCAGAGAACAUUUUGUCAAUCUUGACUUCUAUAACAUAAACAUAGCUACCUGUAUAUUAAACAAAAUUCCUACCUAAACUAAAGAUGGCACUGUGCACACUUCUGGAUAGAGGAUGGGAACAAAAAGUACAUUUUGACAACGGAGUCAAACGGUGACUUCGCUGCUAAGUUGGAAUAGUCAACAAAAUAACAUGAAUGACUCUAGAUACCAGUCACUGUUCUUCGUCAAUCUGCCUGAGCUACGAAAACUCUGUUCCAUUAAGGUCACUUUGAGUUCUAAAUUGGCAGAAACUGAGAUUAGGAAUUCACAGAUGAAGAUAUGUAGGCAAUUGUUAUUUCUUCAUCAAGACAUCCUUUCUUCACCUGUCCCUGGAACACUGAAUCAAAUUUCAGUUGUAAUGACGAUAUCUUUUUACAAAACAGGAAAAUGCCAGGCUUAUAUAGAGAAACAUGGUGCUACAAUUGAGGCACCAGAAAGAGUUGGCCCAGCCAUCCUUCAAUCCUGUCUCUGUUACACACUUAUAACCAGACUUGCCCCCAGCUGGAAUAAGGCUGGUCAUCUGUUGGUACAAGGAAACAAUUUUUUGUCUCAUGUGGGACGGCAAAAUGCUGUUGUUAUGGACCUCAAUGUGUCAGAGACCCAGCUUUGCAUCAGUGUAGAGGCUUGCACAAUUCGACUUCCACCACCCAAGCUGGAAGACUUCGACAUUUCAGCAAACACCUUAGAAAUAUUUAACAACAAUAAAAAUACAGUCAUUCAGAGGCACUCCAUUUUAAGUAACUGGUGCUAUGUCUUGCCAAGCAUGAAAAUGGGUCAGAUCAUAAGUAUCAGCCAUAUUAUUCCACCAGAAUCUCCUUUUCAUUCAUUCAAAGACUUUCAGAUGCACUGGAAAAAUACGUAUGGUUAUAUCCUUCCAGAGGACCAUGGAGAGCCAAAAAUAUAUUGCAGUGUUUAUUUCAAACUGAUAGGGGAACGACUCUUUACAUAUCCAUUAAAUUGCAUAAGAAGCCAACCAGUACAAUAUUUUACUAGAAUAGAUUUAGAAGGUGUAUUAAACUCUUUUCUUUCUGACCUAAAGUCCAAACUUCCUCAUCUAUGUGGAUUUCCAGUAAAAAUGACAAGUAAAGCAUUAUAUGCCACAAAAGAGCUCAUCAAGCCUCCCGUGCACGGAGUAAAUGCCCAACUUGCAAAUCUGACUGGCAAACCAAUAUGCAAGGUAUCUCUGACUCAAGCACCUCCAAGAAGAGACACUUUGCAGCAGAGGUCUUCACAGUGCACCUCAGGAAUCAGCCACAGGAUGGAGCUUUUGAUCAAUCAGCCAAAACAAAGUAUUUUUCUUCCAUGUCCUGAGGGUGCUGUUUCUGAGGCUAUAAAGAAAACAGUGAAUAACAGACAGCAUCAACAGGCUUCAGGAGGAUUGGGGGUACCAGUUCACUCAGCUGAAUCCUUAAGAAUGUCUAAAAAUUCGCCCGUGGAUUCUGAAAGGAAAGAUACUACUAGAAUUAUACCUAUUUUCAAAGCAAAGUUGUUGCAAAUGGAUGUAAAGGCCACAAAAGCCAGUCAAGAAAAGAAAAAAGGGAGGGUUGUACAGCAUUCUCCAAAAGUAGUUAGAGAUGUCACAGUAUCUCAACUAACUUUAUGCAACUCUAGUGUAAAUCAGAUGUACAAACCUGUCCAAAUGGUAUCAUUCAUAAAUCCUAUUAAUGGCUUUGUUGCUCAGAGAAUGACUGGGAAUGCAAAUGUAAAAAGUGGUAGAUUGAUAUGUGACCAGAAAAACAAACCUGGAAAACAGCUGGCAAAUUCUACUUUUUCUAAUAGCCGAUCUUCAUGUAUAAGUUCAAGUAAAGGCAAACCUGAGACACUAAAUUCUUCAUUAUCUGCUAGUGACAAAUCAAUACUUCAGAAAUCAAAUGCCAAUCUAUGUUUGAAAAACCAUGCACUAGACAGUUCCUCUACAAAAAAAGGGGGAAAGCUAGCAAAUCAAAACACCACAAAAAUACUUGAGGAAAUUCACAGUUCAAACAAAGUACAUACACAGAUUUCUGAGUCAGACAAAAAACUUGCAAACAGUAUAUCAGAAUAUCAAAUAAAGAGUCCAACUGAAGGAGCAGGGUUAAAUAUUCUCAGAUUGGUCUUAAACAGUACAGCACACAGAGCCAAAAAACAGGAACAUCAACAAUCAAUACCGUCAAAGAAAUAUAUCACCAAGACAGCCCAUCACCAUUCACAAGUCAACUGUGAGCAGAUCUUUACAGUGAAUGAUGAUCCCUUGCAGUGUGAAGCAGUGGCCUCAAAGCAGAUUGACUCAAAGUUGGAGACUCAUUUGAAAACAACUUCAAAGAAGGGUUGUGGCAAAAGAAGCAGGAAGAAGGAAGAGAUUAUUCAAAGUCAAAGAAAUCCAAAACAAUUAAGCCUGCUGUCUAGAAUGUGGUGUAAAGGAGCAUAGAAAGAAAAAUCAGGCACAAGACAGAAACAGAUGUCAUUGUUUGCAUUUGUCCAUUCCUGUGGAGAGGAACUUUUCUGCCAGAACAAUAAGAAAGUUUGCUUGUUUGUUUCCUUGUUUUGUUUUCCACCUCAACAUUUUUUUUUCAUUUUUAAAUAAUAAAAAGUCAUUGACAUAGUUUAAAUUUAAUAAUGCAAGUUUCCAAAAGGCAACUGGGCACUUGAACAGAAUCUGACUUACACACAAAUUACAAAAACUAGGGCAUGACUAAGUCUGCAGGACUGGAAGCAAAAUCACAUUUGUUAUGUUGAAUUUUAGAAUUCAAAAACACUUUUCAGAUACUGCAGAACAGUCACCCUAAAGUGUUGACUGCAUUUGAUAGUGUUAAGUUUCCUAUAGUGAAAUAAUUAGACACGAUGGGCUCCAGAGUGGUUAAGUUUCCUUUCUGCUCAGUUAUGAGUUAUUGUUAUGUCUGAUUUAGUUGCUGUGACCUGCUACCCUAUAAAUGUUCUUUGUCUCCAUGCACUUACAUUCUAGUUGAAUGUCUUAGGGGUUAUUUUGAAUUGGUUUAGUAUUUUUAAAAGUGUGUGGUCUCAGUUAGCAUUUUCUAUUAUGUUACCCUAAAUCCAAACCAAUAAAAGUUAUUACAGAUCCAAUAUACUCUGUUUAAAAUAAAGUAUAGCAUAA